UAGGCCAGUGAAUGUAUCAUUCACUGUUGACUGACCCCCUUUAGUGUGAUACCUACCCCCGGUUUUUGACUCUAUUUCCUUCUGUAGUCACCAGACUGAACAUAUGAAUGCUAGGUUCAGAUGUGAUGAUCUACUCCUGACUCUCAACUUUGCCUCCUGAAGACCUUUCUCGCUGUCCCCAAGCCAGCCGAAGACAUGUCAUUCUUUAAUCUUCCUCACCAUAUCAGAGAGCAGAUCUACCGGUAUUCCCUUGUCAUGGGACGAGUUUUCAUUCGUCCUUUCACUACCGUUGAAGUGCUCAUGGAUCCGAACAGAAAGGAUAUCUAUGGCACGCCCAAUCUCGCUCUACUCUGGACCUCAAAGCGCAUAUACGAAGAGGCAAUGCCCAUCUACUUGAGCGAAAACGUUUUCUCCCUCGUCCAAGUUGAUCUGUUAGCUGCCGCGCGCAAAGAGUAUCCGCGUGUAUUCGAGAACCUCAAGAAGGUCCGCAAUCUGGAGCUCGUCUUCGACUGCCGUGAUUACAUUUACCUAGCACAGUUUCUAUCCCGGGAGCUUCCAGGCGUCACUGCGGCAGCACAGGAUGCAAAGGCACCCUCAAAACACAAGCGCAAAGUAGUUGAGGAGCUGGAUGAGAUGCAAAACGACUUUGAUAUUCCCAGAAUAGAACGAACCGAGUCAGAUUCGGAUUCCGAGGAGGAGGUUUCGUCUGAAGAAGUGCAUGAGAUUCAUGAUCACCAUCUCGAAAAUAUGAAGGAGUACCUUUGGGGACGCACAAUGAGUUUUGUGCGGCAGACGUUCCAGCUAUCGCGCCUCUAUAUUGACUUGCGGCAUUGUACCUGCAACUGGGGGUGUUGUCGUCUUGCUACGGAAGUGCUGGAUUGGGGUUGGUUCCACGUCUGGAUUCAUGGGAUGCCGGAUGAGAUUCAUGUGAGAGGUACCUCAGGACGUGAGAAGAAGCUCAUCGCUCAGCUGUUCGACAAGCAGCGAUUCCAUGCGGGUUUGGAAAUCGACCAAGUCUUUGAUCAGGACAGACUUGAAGACGCUGAUCACUGGAAGGCGGGCAAAUUUGUGUUUCAAAUAGUUCAUCAGACACUCGUACGUUAGCGUACGACCGAGGUAAAGAAACAUAUCCCUGAAAACCGCCCCAAUGAUCUUGAACAAAGCCUAGCAGUCAAUCCUCAGCAGAUAUACAA